AUGUCGAAAAACACGCUAUCGCCGGACUAUGGAAAAUCCGGUGAUGAUGAUUUCCCGGUUGUUAGGCGUAGGAGGAAUCAGUCAUGGAGCGCAAUCGACCUCCACGAAUAUAAAGUCUACACCGGCGAUUCCUCCGCCGGUAAACUCGCGGCCAACGCUUCAACUCAAACUGACGAUAAACGCCGUCGCAGGAGAUCAAUAAUCAGAGAAGAAGACGAAGGAGAUCAAUACGGAAAAGACAACCCGGGUUUUUCGUUGAUUUCACAUUACAAGUCAAGGAUGCUGCCACGUGUGAGAAACACCGGAUCAGAGGAAGCAACAGUAGAGGACGCUGUCGUUUUGAGGAAAAACCGAAGAAUUAAAAAACAGAUUGUGACGGAGGAUAAAGAAUAUUUCAGUGGGAGUUUAAUUGAGACAAAAAGGGAACCAUUUCCAGCUCUUAAACGAUCCAAUUCGUACACUGGAAAUAGAUUGCAGGUACAAUGGCUCCUUGCACUGGCCAUUUUAUGGCAACCAUGGGUCUUCCUUUGCGCUCAUAAGAUACAACAUUUGCAGGGAAUGAAACUUUCAUUAGAUCUCAUUCAUCCACAUUGGAGGAUUGAUACAUUGCGCUUGAAUUCAGAAGAUGAUUCACAUAAUGAUGGCGUUAACAAAUUUGAUGAGUUGCUUAUUGAGUUGUCUUCAAGAUAUCAAAUGUGGCCUUUAAGUAAGAAAGAAUUUGCUACUUCUAUGAUUAAUAAGCUUUUGACUGAAUUUGAUACGUUGUUUGAGCUCAUGAUCCGUCGACCCGAAGGAUAG